UUGAUGGAGCGUUUCGUAGCGCCGUUUCGUUUCGUUUUUCGUUCCGUUUGCUCGGUAUAGCCUCCAGACCGUAGAAUAGCAUCCAUGUGAGCAGCUAGUUUUGUGUAAUAUUUAGCGCAUAUCAUCAGCCUCAUCUCAUCCCUGUGUCGCCGUCGUUGUCGUUGUCCCUGCUGUCGUCAUUCUCGUUCGUCCUUAGUAGGCUAUUCCACAGCCUACUAAGAGCCAGAAGCCCCGUCCCAGGACGCGCGAGUCGCGGCACAGUGCUGUACAAAAUGUUAGCCCACUAGCGGGGUGUAGCGUGUGUGUGUGUGUUUGCGUGAGUGCGUGCGUGUGCGUGUGUGUGCAAAUCCUUUCGUUGCUCAGUCAAGCAAGUAGAAGCAAGAAGCAAGAAGAAAAAAGAAAAAAGCCCCAGCCAAAUAUGCUGGCAAAUAAUCAAUCCUGCCCGGGCUCGUACGUGCGACAAAUAGCGCGCGUCUGAGUGGCCGCAAACAACAAAAAAAAACACCCCGCCUCCAAAAAAAGGGGCGGCCACAAAAGCGUACGCACGCGAAUAGUGCUCGCAAAAAUCGAAAACCCCUUGGUUUGCCACCCUCCCCCGUACCCAUUAGGAAACCCCCACAAAGAAAGGCAAUCCAGGUGCGGUGUUUUUUUUUCUCCGUGCGGAGCAAAAAGGAAGAACAGCGGGUGCUUGCCGUGAAGAAAAACCCCAGUCUGCGUGUGUGUGAGGGUCUUCGUGCGUGCGUGCGUGCGUGAAAAGUGCUCGAUCCCCGGCGGAAAAUGGCGUAACGUUUGUGCAGGCGGUGAAAGCGGUCCGUGGAGUCUGUUGAGCAGAGCGGAAAGGAAGGCGUCGUGGGUCGUUGUGAGAAGGAACCUGGGAAGCCUCUAAAUAAGUGGCGCCCGUUGUGAAACGAAAUUCCGUACGUAGCGGUGUUUAAAUUUUUGGAAACCCCUUCGCACACGCUUCAGCUUUCUCCAUCGAACGACGAACGGAUAGGCAGGACGAUGGCCAGCGGUCGGGCCAGGUUACCACCAACACCCGGGACGGCAACCCUUGGCGGUCCUACCCAGCUGCACACCAACAACAACCUCUACCAUUCACCGGGAGCGUCAUCCUCAUCCGAAAGGACCCCAUCGAAAGGACCCACUCUGCUUGGCGGUGAUGGAGGUUCCACAUCGACCGGCGAGUAUCAACAUCCGGUGGCUGCCCAUCCAACGCAUGCCCUGCCGCAGCAGCAGCAGCAACAGUUGCAUCAGGAAGUUGGCCCAGCUACCUCACAGAUGCUGGCGGAGUCCGGCCUGGGAAAGGGUGGUGUGACGCAACCAUUGCGCCAUCCCUUCGAUGGCCCUCGGCACAUCCCUGAACGACCGAGCCAGCUGGCCGACGAAAGCGAUUGGAUGAGCGAUUAUGCGGACAGUAGCAAUCUGAAGCGGCGCAGUUCCAUCUCGAAAGAUUACCAUCUCCCGGCUUCCGGGGCGACGGCGGUGGGAGCAGCGGGGACAACGACGGCGGAUUGGCUGCGGAAGAGCAUCCGGCGCUCGUGGACGAUAUCCAAUGCGGAAGAUGACGGUGGUGCCUCGCGGGAUCCGGAUGUCCAACCGUACCCGAAUCCGCAUCUACCACGCAAACAGUCGCAAAGCAGCUACCCGUCGCUGGUGAAGCAUCCCUACUUUAACCCGCUCUCGAUGGCGGACGAGGACGAGUACGGAGAGGAGGAGGAGGAGGGUGAGGACGAUGACCACCGGCACGGGGGUGGGUUGGAGCACCGCCCUAUGGGUUUGCGAAGGGCGAUGCCACCACGCCAAUCGACACUUCCCAAUCCGGAAGGGAUCUAUUUCGGUAGCAACAACAACCUAAUGCCACCGGUGUCCGUGUCACCGAAGCAGCAGCUUAGCCCUAGCCCACAGUACGGUGGCACGAGUCCUUAUCACACGGAUAACGAGGCGGAUAAUGAGACCGGUUCGGAUCAUCGGUCCCCGUUGGCGGCACGGUACAAGAUCCGGCGCCAAUCGACGUUGCCGUGCAAACCGCACGAAAUACCGAUGGCGGUGGAUGACCAACCCACGGUUGGUGGGGGGUUCCCGCACGGAAGUGGCCCCGUUAUCCUGAUGUCCUCGUCGCCCAAUAGUCGCACCAAUCUGUACUCGAAAUCACCCGACCAGUGGGAUGGUGGUGUGGGGGGUGAUCCGGUGGGUGGAAAACACCGGUUGCCACCGUUUGUCCGGCAGGCCACAUUUCCCUCGAACACCAACGACCCUUUCCUGUUGCAGAUUCAAUCCUACUCUUCGCCUUCUGCCUCGUCCCAGGUGGUGCCGCAGCAGCAGCAGCAGCAACAGCAGUCGCAACAACAGCAACAAUCGUCGUCGUCGUCGUGCUUGACCGGGACACAGCAGCAAGCGCCACAGCAACUGCCACGGCAACUUCCAACAUCCCCGAAUCGGUUGGCGUUUAACAAAUCGCCGGACAGUGGCACCGAAUCGGGUCCGGGUGCGAGUGAAAGUAGCGGCACGAGUCCACACCAGGCACACCAGACGGGUGGGAGGACACGGGCCAGCUACCAAAUGACCCGGCAGGCAACCCUGCCCAAUCCCGAGCAGCACAUGAAGCUGCUUCCCACAUCCCCUCCCAAAAAGCAACUCUCACCGCACGGCCUCAAGCGCUCCCCCGACUUUGCACGCCAAAACACGCUUCCAGCUUCCCAGCUGCAACCACCACCGACGUCCCAGCAACCGACGCCGACGGUACCGACGUUGUCGGCGGUCCAGCAACAACCGACGGCAGCGGCACCGCUGCUGGCCGGAGCGUCCUCCUGCACGUCCCUCACCGGUCCACCGGAUGGUGGGUUGCUGGCGGUGCACGCGCCCACGCACGGACCGGGCAAGUUUAUGCCGGUGUCCCCCCGUCAAAAGGCGUCCUUUCUCUUUCCCCAACCUGCGGCACCCGCACCACGUCCCUUCCACUCACAGCAGCACUUCCCGACGCACCUUGGUGGUAGCGGCGGCGGCGGCGGUGCGUCUCCGGCGGCGUCGGUGGCGGGAGGAGGAGCGGCCACGGCCGCAUCUUCGUCCUCGCUUGCGUCGGCGGCAGCGGUCGUGGUCGCGUCCAAGAUGAUGAAGGUGCGCAGCCACAGCAACGAGGAGUACACGAUGACGCCACCAGCCACCCGGGCUACGGCGGCGGCGGCCAUCAUGGGCACGGUGGGCGAGGGUGGACGCCGUCUGCUGCCCGAGAUUCCGACCACCGGUGGUAUUGGUGGUGGUGGUGGUGGUGGUGGUGGCAGCCGCUCCCCAAGACUGAAAACGUUCGCCGAGGCGAAGCAAACGAUGGCCGCGGUCACGAUGGUGGAGGAUGCGAUGGUGUACGGGGUCGGGUCGGGUGGCCAGUACGCACCCACCGGGUACGAGGAGUACUACGACGAGGAUCACGAGCUGACGCUGGGUGCUGCGAAUGAACAAGUCUUCGGAUUGAUGCCGGUACAAUUGAAGCAACAACAACAGCAACGGUUCUCCCCGUUUGUACCCACGGGUGCCACCGAUUCCAGCCCGGAAUCCAUCGGUGGUGGAGGUGGCAGUGGCGGAUAUGGAUUCGGCAACCGGAAAGAUCGGUUGCGAUCGAGGCGUAAAUCACGCGAUCACGUGUACGAUCCGGCGGUUGAUGAGCAACAACACGGUGCAGGUGAACUGCUGCUGGCCGGUGAUGCCGGUGGAGGUGCAGGAACGGGUGGUGGAGUCUCUGGAGCACCGGUGGCCGGCAGGGAGGGUGGUGAACCCGUGAAGAGAAAACCGGAAACGAUGCGCUCGAUUUCGGAGGAAGCUCCGGCGGCCAAACCACCCAAACCGAUCACCAGACGUUCGCUGUCGCAUCCGGAAAAGGACACUCAGAUGUACAGCUCCAAGAAGCUCGACUCGACCAAGAUCCCGUCCCCAAAACCCCUCACAGAACUGCACGAACGCCAGCACAAACCGACGGGUGCGAUUGGUUCAGCGACCUCCCCGCGCAGGAAGAACAUCAAAUCCUUCGAUUGUGGCACAACCAGCUCCAAAACGUCCAACCUAAUGCCCGGUAGUUACCAACCCUACCAGGGCCCUUCACCAGAUGGCGGUGGUCCUUCCCCAUCCUCGACGGGUAUCGUCUCAGGAUCCUCGGAAUCAGCCAGCAUGGCACUGAACAGUGGCAGCAACACUCGCGCCACAAGCGGAUACGGUGGAUCUUCCGCAACGCUCGGAGGUACAGGCGGUGGAACCGGAACCAUGGGACCAGGAGGUGGUGCCACAGUUGGUGGAGGUUUCCAAUCGUUCGGACAACGCAAGAUAUCCGCCUUCCAGCAGAUCCUGCAACGUCAACGGUUGCAAAAGCGUGACUCUAAGAGCCUCGACAUCGUCGCCUCGAAGCUGAUGGAGGAGAAAUAUGGUGGUCGGGUGCAGGACGAAGACGUCUCGAAGUCCUUGGACGAUGGUAUUUUCUCUGAAAGUGCCGGCCAUCAAUCGGAUGACAACAGCAGCGACGAGCACAUCAACCUGAGCUACAAACCGUCACAGGACAACAAAACGACACUGGGUGAGGCGGAGAUACAGAACGCGGUGGAGGCGGCCGCUGUCAUAUUCAAGAAGGUGGUUCUGCAACGGCGCGAAGAAAACAAAUGCAAAUCAUCAACCGCCAACCAUGAGUGCCAUAGCAGUACGGAUGGGUUGACCGACGAAUCGGCCACACUGGGCGGAUACUCAUCGUCGGAAACGGAAGCAGGUCGAGGACAACCGGCAAGCGGUGGUGGUGGCCAUCGGCAUCGAACCAUUGGAGGUGGUCGUGGAGUUGUGUUACCACCCGAUUACGAGGAGUACCGGUUGGUGUUCUUCAGCUCGGAUUCAUCCAGCAAGGAGGAGGAGUAUGAUAGCAGCUCCACAUCGUCCUCGUCCGCGAUGAGGCACGCGAAACGUCCCACCCACAGACAUCCGGUUGCACCGUCGCUUGAUGAGUGCGAUUGGGAUUAUUUCGAACCGGACAUGAUGCCUGGAGCCGAUGGCACAAAUAGUGCGUUUUUCUACGAGAUGUUAGCCAUGGCCACGGCUACGGCAACGGCCACGGCAGCUGCAGCCACACCCGGACCACACGCACACUGCCCCAAUGUGGCCACACGGAAAUCGGACGCAUUCUGUCACUGCGAGUGUUGCAAUCGGCGGCAGAUGCAGUACGUUCCGAUUCCGGUUCCGGUUCCGGUACCCGUUCCGAUCGCAGCCUUCCAGAGCUGGUUGUACGAACAGCAACAACAGCUGUUGCUCAUGCAUAAUGGUCCCGGACCGGGUGAAGGGCCCGGUUUAGGACGUUCUCAACACCCUCUCGAAGCCACGGAACUGAUGCAACAGCUCUGGAAAAAGUUCGCCGAAAGUGGUGACAACGAUGGGCGGCGAUUGGCGGAGACUGCGGGGGCAGUGUCCGUGGGUGGUGGGGUUGGCCCUCGGAAGAACCCCCCCACGGGGGGAUACUACCCAAAGUGUGCAUCGUGCAAUCACGGCGCGACGUCAGAAAGCAACAACAGCAGCGCCACCGAGCGGCGAGUCCCGAAAGGACGAUCAAAGGGCCCACCGGAGAUCGGCCCUACAGUGCAUGUGCAAAAAAUGGCACCCGUUGGUGGCGUUCACCACCCUACCACGAUGCAUCGUCAUGACGGUGGUAGUGGUAGCGUUGAUGCCACCGACGAUAGUGUAAGUGAGUUGGGCUCGAAUGUUGGGCUACCAUCAUCGUGGGCUGCUGCUGCUGUUGCUGCUGCAGGUGAGUGCCCGUUGGCCGUUCCGGUUGCGACGGUGAAGCCCAUUCAAGCGCGAGAUAGUGAUAUCGUCGUUGGCGGUUCCGCGGUUUAUGGCGACGUCCGAGUGCGCGAGAUUACGGUGGGCAGUAAUGUACGUGCUGGUGUUGCAGCAGGAGCCUUUCCAUCGGCUGGCAACCGUUUAGCAGCAACGAUGGCGGAGGAGAAACCCGAUAAAACGUCGUUGGUGGUGGUGGCCCUUAACGAUGAUAUCGUGUUACAAUCGCCAUCGGGUGGCGCCAAAUCGCACGACGGUGAUAAGGUCAACCGGAUCGAUAGCGGAAUUCCAUCGCUCGAGGCAACGACACGAGGCGCCCUAGAAAGGGAACCGGUGGAAGAAAGUGUCAAAAAUAGGCCACCGGCGGAUCGGGGCCUUCUCGAGCUGGAGCCUGCCACCGAGGGUUACCUGCAGUAUGAGCUGCGGUACCAUCUGGCACAAUCCGGAGGACGAUCUUCAUCCUCGAGUGCGUCGUCAUCGUCGUCGUCGUCGAGUGAGAGUGUGUUGGGUGAGGAUCAACCCAGACAGGAGGGUGGUGGUCGCAAGACAAAGGGCCAAGUGGGCAAGUACUCGUUCCAUUCACCUGGAAGCAGUGUGCAUUCGUCGGUAUCGUCGGUGCGGGAUUUAGAGCGCGAUCUUGACGAUCAGGACCAUAGCAGCACGGACGGUGAGCUAGAGGAAGACGAUGAGGAUGAGGAUGGAUAUUCCUUCGACGGGGACGACGAUGAGGAGGAGGAUGAGGAUGAAGGACUUCCCCGUGAAACGAGUGGUGGCAAGCGGUUUAACGCCGUGUUGGUGGUCAACCCGGCUGGUCGGGAACGUGAUGAAGGUGAUGGCAACAGCUCCGACAGUGACAGCAGUAGCGACAAUCAAUCGAUGAACAACGCCUUCACGGGUUAUGGGGAGGUUGCUGGUGUGGCUAUCAUGGGCCAAGAGGAGGACGAUGGUGGUGUUGUGGUUCUGAAACGCGUGAAAACCCUAUCCGACGACAAUGCGGAGGUGUCAAACGAACAGCAGCAGCAACAACAACAACAGCACCAUGAAUCGAUCGCGUUCGUGGGCAGCAGUCCGGGCGACGGAUUGGCAUCCGUUUUGGCCACGACGAUGGUCGAUCACAACCACGAGGAAGAACAAGAGGAGGAGGAUGACGGACGGGCGGAUGUGGAGCACGGCGUCGCAUCAUUGGAUGGGGGAAGCCGCAAAAGCGACGGUGAAACUGACAGCAACCCACCACCCCAGGCUUAUACCGACGUUGGUAAGUCGCACGCACACCAGCAACCACGGAUCGAAGAGAAAGGUACCGUUGAGACGGCUGCGGCCACAGGUGCCGUUAGUGGUGUUGGUGGUGGUGCAACAGUGGCGGAUCAACCCACCCCAUGGGCUAACCCGCCCAGCGAUGCAGAUGGUCAGCAGCAUCAGCAACAACAACAACAACAAGAGCAGCAACAGCCACACGAGAGCGUGGAGGGAGAAGAGAAACUAAAACACCACGACGACGAUGAUACACGAGCACAGCCUGCUACGGACGGCUGCGCUACAGGUGAGCCGCGAGUGCGUACACCAUCACCAUCACUAGCGCAGCAGCAGGCCGCGGAGGCGACUUGCGUCAGCAGCAGCAGCAGCAGCAGUGAACCGUUUACGUGUGUUGGUGGCGCUCGGGGCGACAUAAGCUCGUCGCCCCAAUCGAUCUGUACGGUGGUGGGCAGUGUGCCAAACAUAUCGCCUGUUGGCAGCACCAACAGCAGUAGUAACAAGUACAAGAGUCUUGUUAUGAUCACGGCCGACAUUAGUAACGGUGGUGAAGAAGAGAAAAGUGCAAACGUUGUGCCGAUGGUCCGUGAAACGCAAGGUGCCGUAGUAGUAGCAGCAAGCGAACUUCUUCUGGUGAACGUUGCAGAAGAAAGUGCCUUCUCGGUUGUGGGCAGCAGCACAGCUACGACCACGGUGAAGUGUGCCAGUGAGCAGGAGGAUCAAGAUCGCCCGCAAGAUCGGGUGCAAGAUCAGCAGAAACCUGCUGCGGUGUCUGUGAAGCAUAACAAGGACAGCCAACCGCCGGAAGGUUCGAACAGUUUGCCAGAAACGAACCAAAGUCUGCCAGAAUGUCUACCAGCGCAACGUCAGACGGACGGCAGCAGCGCCAGCGAUCACCACCACGAACGCGCGAGUGGUGAGUUGGUGAGCAGUGAUGCUGUUGCUGUUGCUGCUGGUGACGAACGAAAGAGUUCAACGGCUGGGUGUGAGCAAAACCCAUCAUUGGGCGGUGCUGCAGCACUGAUGGAAGCGAAUCGAGAUCACGAGCGAUUCAACACCGCCGUCAUGGAUCGUGAGCAAGCUGCUGGUUUCGUGAGCAGUGAGAUCACGCGAGCAGUGAGCAGUGAAGGUGCCUCACACGGUGAGAGUCUCGAACCUCAGGAGGCGGUGAGUUUUGAUGGCACAUCGUUGGAACGGUACGAGGAGGAGAAUGACAGCUACGAGGGAUCUCCUGCUACGCAGAUCGGUAACGUGAUCGACGACGUAACGGUCGUCACCGGUGGGAACACGCUUUCAGCGGUGAUUUGCCUAGAAGACGGACUGGCGGAUGACGAUUCGUGGGUGGAGGAGAUCAGCCAGGAGGAUGAAGAAUUUGCGACUACGACUGCGACCGAUUCGGAUCUGGAUGAUUCCAGCGAAGAGAUGUCAUUCGGUGCGGAUCGUGAGGAGGAGCUGCGUGGUUACAACCGCACGGCGAUCGAUUUCACGUUGCACACGAUCGUGGAGGAAAGCUGUGAGGAGAGUGAGAUCGAGUCCCGCGGGUCGGGUGUUGGUGGGCGAAGGCGUGGUGGAAGGGGAACCGGUGUUGAGGGUGGCCUGAACGGUGACGAGGAUGAUGAGGAUGGACCGCGGGAUGCAGGCCAUCGAUUGUCGGCGUCCGAGCUUGAGAAGUACUUCUUCUACGGGUUGGGAGGUGAUGUGAACACUUCAAGCACCUCAACCGGUGCAGGACGAUCGACGGGAGGUGUGGAAGGACACGUCGGUGGUGCAGGUGUAUACGGACCGGGCAUGUAUGACGAUCACAGCGAGCUGUCGGAAGAGAGCAGCUCAUUGUGCAGCGAUGGACACGAUUCGCUUGGGAGUGGCACGGCUUCCGGAAGUGCUUCAGCUAACCGGUUCUCGGGUGCAUCCAUGGAAUGUCACGAGCAGGAUCGAGAGGAUCAUUCGACGGAUUCGGUGGCCGAUCUGGCCUCGUCACGCCUCGAGAAGUACUUCCUUACCGGCUUUCUCGGGUAUAGCAGCAACGAACGUACCGGUGGAGGUGCGUCCGGUGGUGCUGGAGGUGGUGGCGGUGGUGGAAAUGGCUCCGACGGCAGUGGUGGAAGCGUGGGCAGUGAUAGCGAAGGACACGCCAGUCCGGAACAACGCCGUAAGCGGUUGGUGAGGGCUCGAGGUGCGACGCGAUCGCACAGUUCCCUCGACAACCUGUUGCUGGCGGGAAAGGACACUGGAGGUGAACACGGUCAGGACUCGAUCGGUUCCAAUGCAGGACCUACUGCUUCUUCACCGUUUGAUGCGACCGGAAGUACCGGUGUUGGAGCGAGUGCUUUAGCUGGAGAUGGUGAUCAUUCCUCGGAGACAGACACCUGCGAUGAAGCGUCCUCCUCGGUGGCUUAUCUACACCAACCGGAUCGAUCGGAAUCAUCGCCUUAUGACACGAUGGGCAAGCGCAAGAAAAAGUUCAUGACCAAGAAGCUGGACACGACGCUUGUGCGAGGAGAAGGUGGCUGUUCAAUCGGUUCCGAACCGGAAGAAUGUCGCAAUGCACCUUCUGCACUGACCACAGGACCGCUGGAUGUGAUGGCAGGACAAACGGUCGGUUCGAGUGUUACCGGACCAACAACACUAGCGCCACAUCCGGUUGGGAUUGAAAACUCGCGAAAACAAACCAGCCGAGACAGCGGCUUCAUCGGCAGCAAUGACGAUCUCCUCAAGGACGACGGAAGCAACGCUUCUUCGACGAAAGCCACAUCCGUACUGCCCGCGGAACCACGGUUCGAGCUAGAAGGCAUCCAGGAGGAGAACAAGAGCGACAUACGAGAGAGUUCCGGCGAAACGGGACUACCGGAAGCGGUACGAACACAAUCGACAGGACGAGAAGGUGGUGCACCUCGUUCAGCCGUGUCCCCCGGUUGUCAAAGUUUGCCAAAAAGCGCUGGCGGUCCGGGUAUGGUGAACCUGGUGCGAAAGGACAGCUUCAACAACUGGAGCUCGGACGAAGAGACAAACCUGAUGAUGUCCAAGAUGCGCCAGUUCUUCAAGUCACUCGUGGCGGCAUCCGCCAACACGCGAAAGUUACCCAACUCGAGCAACACGACACCGGGUGUGAGUGGGUCGAACACUCCGCAACAGGGUGGUAGCACGCCGGUGGCACGGCCACGUGCAGGAAUGCGCACGAAACCUCCACAGCUGGUGUACUUCGAGAGUGAGCUAACACGGUUGAUGAAAACCGUACCCGGCAUUCGGGAUGAGCAGGUGCGCGAGAUUGUCGAGUACCUGAGCAGCGAGGACACGUGGUCGGAUUCGUACGAUUCGUCUGAUUACACUAGCUCUGAUCUCGAGGGCACAACGGCCGCAGCGGUUGCUGCAGGUGGUGGUGCGUUUGGAUUGCAGGAAGAGAUCUCCGCCAGUUGCAGGCAAAUAAUCAACAAGUUCGAUAGUAGCGUGCGUAAGGACGAAGAAGGUGACAUCGGUGAUGGAGGGCUUGUGACGGUGGCGGCGAAGGAGGAAUCCCCUCUGGUAGCUCACCACCGGCAUCAGAAACAACACCCACCACAAGCGUAUCAUCACCAAAACCCUCAUCUGCAACACCAUCACACGCCAUUGAGCAAGGAAACGGCAUUCGUUUACCAGCGGUUAGUGGCGUCCUUAUCGAAGGUGGUUUCGAACGACCCAUCGUCGGAAGAUGGCCAACAACCUGUGGACGUGAAAUCGAACGGAGCGGCUCCAACACCGGGAGAAGGUGGAACGACGAGUUCGUCCUCGUCACCUCCGUUGAUCGCGAAAGUAAUGCAUCACAUCGGAAGCCGGUUGGUGGCGUUGAUGCAUGAAGUCAGUAGCGGUGAAUCCCACGCCAGUGUGUCCCCGAAACAACACCGGAUGUCGGCCGGAAGCCACCGGAAAGACCGGAUGACGUGUGGGGUUGUAGGUGCAGGAUCCGGUGUGGGAAGUGUUUCGGCUGGCGGAGGAUCAGGAUCGGGGCAUCAUCUUCACCACCUGCAUCAUCAUCAUCUGCACCAUCAUCAGGCAAUUUCGGCCACAACCACCGAGGAUGAUGAGGAUAGCAGUACGUCGGAAAGUAACGAUCGUUACGGGCACCAUCAUGGUCAGCAUCAUCACCAUCGAUCGCGAGUUCCGGGUGGAAUCACACCGGCCAUGAUCGGUGGACAGGAAGAAGAGGACGAACUGGGAACCACCACAGAAGCUGGAGGAUCGUCCUCGAUGGCGGGGACAUCAUAUGCGAUGCUGCUGCCACGAAGCAAAAGCCACGAUCUGUUGCUGAGCGAUCAGCGAUCACAGGGUGGCCACUAUCAGUAUCAUUCCGGAACCGGUGGGGAUAUGGUUGGGGAGGAACGUGGAGAAGCCAGCGAUUACGAGCGGUUUUCAUGGCGUGGUAGCUUCGAAUCGGCCCUACUAGCCAACGGAGACUCUCGAACGAAGCUAUCGAUGCUCGACAAUUCGUCCUCGUCGAAGUCGAUUCUGGUGGCGAAACGUCGCUCGGCAGGUGAUCUGCUGUUCAACAAUCAAAACCUCAGCCAAGAGCAGCUUGAUCGUGUACGUAGCUGCGGUAGUAUCGGAGGAGAUCGUGAGGAACUGUGGGAAGCAACCCAGCAACAACCAAACACGUACCAACAGCAGCAGCAGCAGCAACAGCAACAACACCAGCAGCAUGCUCACUUCCAUCAUCAGCAACAUCAACAGCUGAUCCAUCAUCAGCAUUAUUCGCAGGGUUCGUCCACCGGUGGUCGACGACGAACCCUUUCGAGUGUAGCGGCAGAUGACGCCGACACAGAUUCAGACGAAGGAGUCAUGAAGGGGACCACCAACAACCGGUUGGUUCUGGCUUCUCGAUCGACACUUCCUCGCAGCCUUCAGAACACGAUGUCGAGUGGUACGACCAACUCGCUGCCCCGGUUACCGACGUCAAACCUUCAGACCAUCAUGCAAUCGGUUGCGGCUUCCUCUCCGACGUCGUCUACGUCGGGGACGGUAACUUCACCGAAGAGUUCCGUGUCCUCUGGCACCGGUACCGGUGCUGGAGGGAUGGGAUUGGGACAAAAGUCCCAAAGCGUGUAUCACUUCCUGCAGAAUAACGUGAAAAGUGCGCGUUACCGAGCGCCCGGGUUCAAUAGGCCACCGUCGGCACCUAAACGGGCCAUGUCUGCUCCAGGGCUUCAGCCUCCGUAUCCGCGUCGUGAGCGCCGUAAUCGAUUGCAGCAGUUAUCGAAUGAAGAAAACAAUAGUCCUGACUUGACAGAAUCGGCGAGCGCACUUGGCACGGACGAGGAUCCUCACGGCAGUAGUCCUCGAGCGGUGGCAGGAGAAUCGUACGAACGUUCCGCUGAUGGUGUGGCACCGAAUGGAAUGCAACAGCAGCAACAUCAGCACCAGCACCAUAAAGGAGGUAGUAUGGUGUCCUCACCCGUCGGAUCAGCCGGAGGUGGUAGCGAUAACUGGCCAUCACAAUCGGACGAAGACAUCGAUCGGUUGGUGGCGAUGCAUCAGAAUCGGGCCAGCCUUAGUUCGCUCGGUGUGAGGUCAGACUCGAUGGCAAGCGUAUACUCGGGUGCCGGUGAAGGCCGCUACGGUACUGUUACGGUUCGCGGACAGAUCGAAUUCGGUAUGCAGUACAACUACAAGCAGGGCGCCUUGGAGAUUCACGUGAAGCAGUGCAAGGACCUGGCGGCGGUCGAUACCAAGCGAAAUCGCAGCGAUCCUUAUGUGAAGGUAUACCUUUUGCCGGACAAAUCGAAGAGCGGCAAACGAAAGACGAAGGUUAAGAAGCAUACAUUGAAUCCAGUAUUCGACGAGGUACUUCGGUUUCACAUGAGCCUGAACAGCUUGCAGACGCGCACCAUUUGGAUUACCGUGUGGCAUUCCGACAUGUUCGGACGGAAUGACUUCCUCGGUGAAGUUAUGAUGGGACUGCAGGAUAAGGUAUUCGACAAUCCGCAACCCCAGUGGUAUCAGCUCCAGGAACGGAGCGAACCAUUCGAGGAUUUAUCCGCGUACAAAGGUGAUAUAAUCGUUGGCCUGAAGUAUGUCUCGGCCGACGGUGACGGUGGAGUACUCGCCGGACUGGGAAGUGGCGUUAUCGGUAGCGGUGGUGGUGGAACAGGUGGUAGUGGCUUCGGAACGUUGAACUUGAGGAAAUUCAGCACACGCUCGCUGACGUCUAACUCGUCCUCUACAACGCUUUCCGGUCACAGUAAGGGCGCGUUGCACGUGUUGGUAAAGGAAGCGAAGCACUUACAACCAAUCAAGUCAAACGGUACCUGUGACGCUUUCUGCAAAAGCUACCUGCUGCCGGACAAAAAUCGAAGCUCCAAGCAAAAGACCCCGGUCAUAAAACGAACAAACUCGCCGGUGUGGAACUACACGUUUGUCUACGAGGAUGUCUCACUGGCGGAACUGUCCGAACGGGCCCUGGAGCUUACAAUUUGGGAUCACGAUCGGUUGGCUAGUAACGAAUUUUUGGGAGGUGUGCGUUUCUCGCUCGGACACGGUAAACACAACGGUAGAGCCGUCGAAUGGAUGGAUUCCACCGGUAAAGAGCUGUCGCUGUGGCAGAACAUGAUCAAUAGGCCAAACUUUUGGGUCGAAGGAGCGCUUGUUCUGCGACCGUCCCUGGAAAAUGCUAAAUUUUCCACAUAAUUUUCAGAACCCCCCGUAGACAGCCGAGGAAUCUUAUAGUAGAGCAGGUUCCUCCCGUCCCCCGUCCUCCCUCAUCCCCUUCACCACCCUUUAGUAUUACGCGCAAAGGCAGGCGUGAAGCAUAAACUCUAGCAUAAAUUGAAAAGGCUAACGGGCAAGCGUUAUGAACAAAAACAAUAUGUAAAAAAAAGUAAUAAAACAAAUGAACACACCCUCACACAGAACUAAGAGGAAGGAAAAAGCGGAAGCGUGCGCAGACGUGUGAGCAUAGAAUUGUGAUGUUGCUUUGCAAUCAACCUAUACAAUAUUGAAAUAUUGUGGUUUAUAAGAGAACCCUAGUUUAAGAGUUUCAGGUAUGAUCUUUUCUGGAGCCUACAAAGAGCUGCUGCGAAGCGAACAAGAGCGCGUUAAUCUAUCUGAGCAAGUAGUAGUAAAAUAGUUGAUGAAAAACAUUGCGAUGAAUGGACAGUGAGUGAGAGAAAUACGAAAGUGCGUGUUGUAGGAGGGGAAAAACGGAAAGAAAGAAGCAAAGCGAGAUAGCGAAAGAAGAGUAGCGAUAAGUUAAAUAAACAAGAAAAAGGAUGUCAUAAUGUGAAUGUUGAUCCAUCUCACUCACCUCAUGUGGAAAAAGAAAUAUUUUCUGUGUUCAUCUCUUACCAUCUUAUGCUAUCAUCAAUCAUAUCUGCAAUGUUUUUGGCAAGGCGUACGGUUAUUAACAAGGUCCUAUCCAAAAUGGAACAGGGAUGCCCUGCUACCGCCACUGUUUAAUGAUUAACGUUAUGCUCCGUAAAAUGUUAGCAAUCUCUGCGGGAGGAGCCCUCUCUAGUUCAGCGACGUUGCGUCUCGAUUCGAUAAGUUAUCGUCCAUCGUUAAUACAACAAGCAGCAGGCACAGGAUCGUGAUCACAGGACGAACGGCAGACACGGAAAAGAAAGGCUGGCCCGUUUCGUUUUUCUUCUUGCGAGCCUAGCGAGUGAUUUUAGAAGAAAUUUUGAAUCGAUAGGAUCGCCACACAAGGGCGCGGCAGGCACGUUUAGUUCAGUUACAAACAUGCGGUAGUGUUUGAGAUACCCAGCAGCGCAACAGUAGUUAUCGAGUUAUGGAACGUUUAGUUUUCCUCGCACGCAGGAGUUUUGCUGAAGGCGAAGGAUUCGGACAUCGACAUUUGAUCUAGGACACAUAUCAUAUGCCCCUCCCUGCUCCUUACGCUACACGCUACACUCAGACCGCUCCAGGCAGGUUCGCGUGAUAUAUUCCUUCCCUUCGGAGAAACACUUUGUCAAGCAAUAGCAGCAGACGGCAUCGUUUAUCGGGCGUGUACACGAGCGACAAUUUCUCUCUUGUUAGAAAAAAAAACAACUUUUUCAUACCAGUUUAACCGCUGAUUGUUAUACACUUGAUUCCUCUUGAGUCUGAAAUCUUUAAUGUAUGUGCAUAUUCAGGUGCUGCGGCGUGAGUAGUAUGUGCGAAUGUGUAGAAAAUGUCUCCCUCUCACAGCGUUGCACGUACGUCUUUAUGCAUGCAUGCAUAAACGUAAACAAAUUUAGCAUAUUUACAAUUCUUACAACAUUUAAAAAAAAAAGAAAUCAAUCAAAUGACUGACCAUGUUUAUAUAAUAUAAUUAUAGUAACGAUACGAUCCUCCGUCACCGUGCUCGUUUGUUCGCAGUGCGGCUGAUGAUGGGGCUAGAAUUAAACGAGCCUGAAUACAAGUAGUCUUGUAACUCGACCUUUGAUCAAUUGAUUGAACUGCUCUAAACGGAGGAAAGAUGCAAGGAGGCACCGUCGUACUAGAGCCAUGGCUUAGGAAGUGUGUUGGAGAGUUUGCAAUGUUACAAUGAUUGACGGCAUCAGCGAAAGAUCGCGCGAUAAUGCGAAAGGGGACGUUGGAAAUGGCACACACACACCGGAACCGGAAGUAGCGCUCACGUAGGAAGAGAAGUUAUCUGGAGACAAACAGGAACACGCGCGUUUAGGUGCGAUUCGACUGGUGAUUUGUGUGUCCUGCGCACGCAUACGUACAAUAUACACACGUAUUUUGUAAAACGAGUCAUUGUAUAUCACAGUUCUAUUGAUAAACGAUUAUAUUAUACACAUGGAGAUCAUGGAGCAAGAGAAGAAGAAGAAGGAGAAAAAAGAAACCAACAUGAAUCACGCAAAAAAUCUUAUGAACUUCGCGAUUAGGAUGUACUAACCCCCCCUAUCAUUGUAGUAAAGGAAACAUGCCCGUAGUGAGAGAGAGAGAGAGAAGAGAAGGAUCGAGGGAAAAAUAAAAGAAAAGUACACUAAAUCACCACAUAAACACACACGCACACAACUCGUGCACAAAAUUUGAACACUUAACACCGAAUUGUAGGAUCACGCGCCGAGCAUUUAGGGUGCAUUCAACUAACGACUUUGGAUUUGGUAGCGGCCAUCAAAGUGGCCAUGUAUUUAUGAAGCAUUGUUAAAAUGGCCGCUAAAGGGUGAAGAAUGUCCUGUUGUGGGACACACUUAGUAGAAAUGCUGCCAGUUUGGCCAGCUGAUCGGUGGAUUCUAUUCCUUUUCGUGGCGCGGUGGUGGUAGUAGUGUAGUGUGUUUGUUUAGCGGACGCCUGUAUAGACGUUGUUUUUUUUGUUUGCAUUCUUAUUGUUACGCCAGGAAGACGAGCGGGCGAAAUCGAUUGCUAUUUGUAAACGGCACGUGUCCUGUUUAUUGUGCAACUAGUGAACACUGUUUGUAGUGAGUUGUUUGUAGCGAGCAGCUCUACCGAGUGACGGAUGUAGGAGGACAGUUGAGCCUUAACAUGCCUGCUUAGAUUUUGCUUUUCGACUACUGCUUUCGCAAAUCGUCCUGUUUGCCUGUUGUGUGUAGAAAGGUGGAGAACGAGCAACAGCUAUUUAGUGCGGCGUGGUAGAAACCAAUGGCACGUAGAAAACCAAUGUAGUAUUGUAGUCCUAUCGUAAUUUUUGCGUACAUAAUAAGUAGAACGCUUAAUCCAUAGUAAAGCGCGCACGUUAAACCAGUUGCGUUAUGCGUUGUUUGCUCAGAAAGCACCAUUAAGGCACGCUUAAGCAUGUUUUGCAAUAAACAAAAAAACCAUGUACAAAAUGUUACGUUUUCCUCACCUCGAGAAGACUUUGAAACUAUCGAUCAACUCAGCAGAAUGGGUGUGGGAGGGGGGAGGAGCAAAAUAGGAAUAAUUUAUAAAAAAAAGGUACGGAUAAAACAUUACACGAAAUUUAGAGCG